AUGAAAGUCACCCUCCAACUGGGCCUCCUCGCCCUCCUGGGCACAACAAUAACCGCCCUCCCAGCCCAAUCCCAAUCCUCCGCAUCAACAUCCCCAUCCGCCGCUCCCCAACCCAAAACCACAUCCCCCGGAUGCGGAAAACAUAUCCCCCCCGGCCACUCCCCCGGCGACAGCUACCGCGCAAACAUGAUCUCCGACGACGGCCGCAACCGCUCGUACCUAAUCCACCUGCCCUCCAACUAUACAACCAACAGGCCGGCGCCCGUGGUGAUUGCCUUCCACGGCCGCGGCAAAGACCCCGAGUACAUGGAGAAGUUGUCGCAGUUUAGCAAUGAGGAUUUCAACCCGGAUGCGAUUGCGGUUUACCCGCAGGCUAUUGUCGAUGACUACUGGCACGUAACGUCCGGCCCGAACGAUAUCUCCUUCACCCUACAACUAAUCACCCACCUCGAGAAAAACUACUGCAUCGACCCCACCCGCGUCUACGCCUCGGGCAAGUCUAACGGCGGCGGCUUCACCAACGACCUCGCCUGCGACCCCGUCGCCUCCACCCGCAUCGCCGCCUUCGCCCCCGUCUCCGGCGGGUACUACCAGAACCUAACCUCUUCAGAAGACGAAUGUGACCCGAGUAGUGUGGAAAUCCAGUGCAAUCCGGGACGUAGCCGGGUGCCGAUUCUGGAAUUCCAUGGGACGGCUGAUACGACGAUCCCGUAUGCGGGAGGGGCGAGGCAUGGGUUUUGUUUGCCGACGGUGUCGCAUGCGUUGCGGCAGUGGGCUGAUCGGGAUGGGUUGGGGACUAGUAAUAAGACGGAGGAGUUGUGGGGUGGACAUGUGCAGAAGUAUGAGUUUGGCAGUGGGGAGUUGCAGGGAGUCGUUACGCAUUAUCGGAUUGAUGGCUGGAAGCAUGUGUGGCCGAGUAAGCAUGGGAACUAUGAUAGUUCCAAAGGGACGUACUUCGAUGCCGCGCCGGUUAUCAUGAAGUUCUUCAAGAGGUGGUCGCUGUGA